AUGGAGAAUCCUCAACUGCAAAUCCGCGACGUCCUCCGCCUUAUAGUCUCCUCGCCUUCCGCAGAUGAUCAAGAGGCCGCCGUUAAAAAGUACUUCAUGCACAACGCGGGCUUCGAUCACCCUCUCUUCCACAUCGAACCAGGCCCGUCAUCGAGGUCGACCAUCCUCGGCGUUUACCAAUGGUUGCUCACCGUCGCUUCUCGGGUCGAAGUAGAGAUCAGGAGCAUAGUCUACGAGCGUGCAAAUCACGUCCUUAUUGUCGAGAGUGUUCUCAGCGUCCAUUUUAAACUCUGGCCGUUCCAACCUGUGCCUUGCCAGUGA